UGCCGUGAGGCUGCAAAUAAAGCAGAUGUGUUUGUGAAUUUCAGUAGUGUCUAGACUUUCUUUUACCAAAGUUGAUGAUACAGCAUUUAACCUGAGGUGUUUUCUUUAUUUUGCAUUUUGUUCCUCUUCAUCCUUUAUUUUAAGUACUCGCAUAUGGGAAUGAAAUGGAGAAAUUAAGGAAAUAUAUGUCAGCAAGAGAUGAGGAUCAGUUUUAUCAUCAGGGAGCUGUGGAAUUGCUGGUCUUUAACUUUUUGCUCAUUCUUACAAUAUUAACAAUUUGGUUAUUUAAAAAUCAUCGAUUCCGCUUUUUGCAUGAAACUGGAGGAGCCAUGGUUUAUGGUCUCCUAAUGGGAUUAAUUAUACGAUAUGCAACAACACCAACAGACUUUGAAAGUGGAACUGUCUAUCCUUGUGAGAAGCUGAAGUUUGGCCCACCCACUCUACUUGUUAAUAUAACAAACCAAGUAUAUGAAUAUCAGUACAAAAGGGAAAUCAGCCAACACAACAUUAAUGCUCACCAAGGCAAUGCAAUGCUUCAAAAGAUGACAUUUGAUCCUUCGAUCUUCUUCAAUGUUUUACUGCCACCCAUUAUAUUUCAUGCUGGAUAUAGUUUAAAGAAGAGACAUUUUUUUCGUAAUUUGGGAUCAAUUUUAACAUAUGCCUUUUUGGGAACUGCCAUCUCUUGCAUUGUUAUAGGGUUGAUAAUGUAUGGCUUUGUGAAGGCCAUGCUACAUGUUGGCCAGUUAAAAGGAGGGGAUUUUCACUUCACGGACUGUUUAUUUUUUGGCUCGUUGAUGUCUGCUACAGACCCAGUGACAGUUCUGGCUAUUUUCCACGAGCUGCAUGUGGAUACAGAUCUGUAUACCCUCCUUUUUGGAGAGAGUGUCCUAAAUGAUGCUGUGGCUAUAGUUCUCACAUAUUCGAUUUCUGUUUACAGUCCCAAGGAGAAUCCUAACACAUUUGAUGCUGCUGCUUUCUUCCAGUCUGUGGGAAAUUUCCUGGGGAUCUUUGCUGGAUCGUUUGCAAUGGGGUCCUCAUACGCUGUUGUCACAGCUUUAUUGACAAAAUUUACAAAGCUGUGUGAGUUCCCCAUGUUGGAAACAGGCCUGUUCUUCCUCCUGUCUUGGAGUGCCUUCCUGUCAGCAGAAGCUGCUGGUCUUACAGGAAUUGUUGCAGUCCUUUUUUGUGGAGUCACACAGGCCCAUUAUACCUACAACAAUCUGUCAUCCGAGUCCAAAAUGAGAACUAAACAGUUGUUCGAGUUCAUGAAUUUCUUGGCCGAGAAUGUCAUCUUCUGUUACAUGGGGCUUGCACUAUUCACAUUCCAAAAUCAUAUAUUUAAUGCUCUCUUUAUAUUUGGGGCAUUUGUGGCAAUUUUCAUAGCAAGAGCAUGUAACAUAUACCCACUUUCUUUCAUUCUGAAUUUGGGUCGAAAACAAAAGAUUCCCAGGAACUUUCAACACAUGAUGAUGUUUUCAGGUUUACGUGGUGCAAUAGCGUUUGCACUGGCUAUUCGGGACACAGAAUCUCAACCCAAACAAAUGAUGUUUACCACAACACUGCUUAUUGUGUUUUUCACAGUCUGGGUUUUUGGUGGGGGCACCACGCCGAUGCUCACAUGGCUUCAGAUCAGAGUUGGCAUAGAUCCAGAUGAAGAUCUGAAAGCAGAAACUGCAAGCCAGAAAGCAACUACUGCAGAUAAGAACACAACCAAGGCUGAGAGUGCGUGGCUGUUCAGAAUAUGGUAUGGGUUUGAUCAUAAAUAUCUGAAACCCAUUUUAACCCAUGCUGGUCCACCGCUUACAACAACAUUACCUGAAUGGUGUAAUCCUAUUGCCAGACUGCUAACUAGCCCUAGAGCAUAUGGAGAGCAGCUGAAGGAUGAUGACAUGGACUGUAUCGUGAAUAAUGAUGAACUGACUAUAAAUUAUGAAGACCCCAAUCCUGUUCCAGUGCCGGCACAGGCCAGAAUAGACUCACCCCAGACUCCAGGCAAGGAAAACAUUCAUGAAGGAGACCUUGGAUUAGGAGGAUGUGAACUCCAGUUGGAGCACACUCCAGCACAUACCCAGUUGAAUUCAUUAGCAUGA